AUGGAGGAGAUAGUCAGGAGAAAUGAAUAUAUCGGCUCUAAUCAAGAGCGAAAAAUAGCAAUUGAGGCAGCAAUUGCAGGAAGGAGAAGAUGCCGCAAGCUGGCCAACGAACUCCACGCCGUGUUGCCUAGAGAGCUCCGAAACAUGAUCUACACUUACAUCGUGGGACCGUCAGCCCAGCUUGAGUACGCUUUUGACAUCCAUGGCAUCAUUCAAAUUGGCUUCUUCGAGCCUGGGCAAUCCGAAGAUCUCGAAAGUUUAUCCAUGUUUGGCGAAAGUUGUCAAAUUCAACCCAGAUCCUGGGCUAUGGACCCAGCAUACUUUGGAACCGAUGUAGUAAAAGAGCUAGCGGAAGCUUACUAUGCUUUGAAUCGUUUUGCACUUACCUCGGAGGAGUUCUUAUAUCCAUUUCUGACCUUCGACCCGUUGGCCCUAGGUAUAAAGCCCUACGAGCAUAUCCGGCGCCUUGACCUUACGCUCGAUUUCGAGGAUCCCCGUGACGUAAACUUUGCCAGUGUCGCAACUCACCUACAAGCUCUACAACUCAUCCCUGAAAAGCGGCGCAAGAUGGACAUACACGUCAAUCUCACCACGUCUUUUACACCAUAUCACAACACCAAAUUCUGGUAUUCAGUUGGAGCCGAGCGCAUCAUGCUCAAUAUCCUCGAGUUACUCAGAUGGCCCGUAUACGAGUUACUGCACAAGGGACAUGCGAUCCAGGUUCUCCAUGAAAACUUGGAUGGACGGGACAGGACAAGUUUGCAAAUCCCACAGAGGAAUCUAACAAGUUAUUGCUCUUCAAAUUCAAAGAUGUCUCACAAGGCUGAUUUCUUCUACAUGACCAAGGAGGAGUGGCUCAAGGAAAAGGGAGGAGAUACCGUCGCGGAUCCCGCAUCCCACUAUAUCCUUGCACUGCCUACAGCCGCAAACGAAGCAAAUAACGCGGAUGAAGUAGUAGAAGACCACUUACUCGAAAAACGAGUUCGCAAAGCUCUGAAAAGGCGUUGGGAUAAGGAUAGUGCCCUCAACGGAUUCAGUUACGGGUAUGAGAAUUAG